UGGGAGGACUUGAAGUGUGAAAUAUACCACUGUCUGGAAGAACCCUGGUGUGGCAACUGCUUUUUGUACGUAGGCUGGUACAGACAGCCAAGUGCUACAUCUCUGCUCUGAAGGACUGGGGUGCGAACUAGCUCCACUUCAGCUACCACUUUGGUGCAGCUUCCAUUUGGACAUCUCCAGAGUUUGCCCUUUGACCCUGAGACCUCAGCUGGGUGCUUUUCUACUCUCUCUCAUCUUACCUCAACACCUCAAGACAUCACUUUCAAAAUCAGUUAUUUGAGCUCUGCCAUGUGACAGAUGCAGGGGCUUUAAUCCAGGAUGAAUGAAUGCUACUAUGAUAAGCGCAUGGACUUUUUCUAUAACAAGACUAACACAGACACAGUAGAUGAGUGGACGGGGCCACAGCUUGUUGUUGUUCUGUGUUUUGGGACGUUUUUCUGCCUCUUCAUUUUCAUUUCAAAUUCAUUGGUCAUAGCAGCUGUGGUCAAGAACAAGAGGUUUCAUUUUCCCUUUUACUAUCUUCUGGCCAACUUAGCUGCUGCAGACUUUUUUGCUGGAAUUGCCUAUGUCUUCUUGAUGUUCAACACUGGCCCAGUGUCUAAGACAUUAACUGUUAACCGCUGGUUUUUGCGUCAGGGUCUUCUGGACACCAGCCUGACAGCUUCCCUGGUGAAUCUUCUCGUUAUAGCUGUUGAGCGGCACAUGUCGAUAAUGCGGAUGAAGAUCCACAGCAAUCUUACAAAGAAGAGAGUCACCUUUUUGAUUAUAUCUAUUUGGGCCAUUGCUAUUUUCAUGGGUGCUGUUCCUACCCUGGGUUGGAACUGCCUCUGUGACAUUACUGCCUGCUCAUCCCUGGCGCCUAUUUACAGCAGAAGUUACCUGGUGUUCUGGAGUGUCUUAAACCUGGUUGUCUUCUUCAUUAUGGUGGUGGUUUACAUAAGAAUCUACAUGUACGUCCAGAGGAAAACCAAUGUCUUAUCGUCGCACACUAGUGGAUCCAUUAGCCGUAGGAGAACCCCUGUGAAGCUUAUGAAGACUGUCAUGACUCUCUUAGGUGCCUUCGUUGUCUGCUGGACCCCUGGCCUUGUUGUCUUACUGCUUGAUGGUCUGAACUGCACCUACUGUGGGAUUCAGAAUGUUAAAAGGUGGUUUCUUCUCCUGGCCCUCUUGAACUCUGUUAUGAACCCAAUAAUUUAUUCAUACAAAGAUGAUGAAAUGUGGGGUACCAUGAAAAAGAUGAUUUGCUGCUCCUCUGAGGAUAAGAGCCAGGACAGACGCUCUUCACGGAUCCCCUCGGCAGUUCUCUGUAGGAGCACGGAUACCUCGGGGCACUACAUUGAAGAUGGCAUUAUUCAAGGGACAAUUUGUGGAAAAGGAGAUCUGGCUGACAAAGGAAACUCCUGAGCUAUUCAAGGGACUGACUUGGCUGGAAAAGGAGAGGGGGAAGGGAGAGGUUUUGUAAGAGAUUGACUGGCAAAGCUAGUAAACAAUAUAUCCACUUUGUUCCAGAGCCUAAACUCCAGUGUUAACAAAAGUUCUUAUAAAUAAUUGCCUGAUGGAAAAACACUUUGUAAUGAAGAAAACUUUCUGUGCUGCCAUCUUUCUCCUUUUCUUCUUUGAAGUACAUGAAAUUGUUUUUUUGUGUGAAUGGAAUAAAUACACCUCAGAGACUUCUUUUGCAUGGAAACAAAAUGUAAGCGACAUACUGAGACCCUCCUUAAGCUCUUACAGAGAGAAUAAACCU